AUGAUUUCCGGUUGUCAAAAAUGUCAAUCAAAUUUGGUAGGAACUUGGUUUUCGCACUAUAGUUUGCUUUUACUGGAAGAUUUUGCCAUGGAUGAAGACCAAAAGCCAACAAUGUUAAGAGAUUUAGAGAUCGACUUUUUGAAAGAACAUCUCAAUGGCUUUUCUGUUGAAGGCAAUUAUUGUUUUAGAUAUUUCGAGGGAAACAGAGCAGAGAUGGAUGAUCUGUUAGUUUCAUUUCAGGCAUUGAACUCCACGUGUUAUGUACUUACAGAAAGCCAUUCAAAAGAGAAAAACCACAACAGAUUUUCUCAAACAGGUAUAUAGGUACAUCAAUGGUAUAUCAAUGGAAGUUACGAUGUGGACAUGACCGGAAAGGGAAAGAAUAACGUCUGUCAUAUUUGGCUCGUGUUAUGAUGACCUUGAUUGGUAAGUUUUGAUGGUGUCAAAUACCAUUGUUUCUUAAACGCCGCAACACUCUCUUUGACGUCCCAUAUCUUUUGUUCAAUUAUAGGAGAAAUACCGCGGUCUGUAAGAUUUGCAAAGACGACGAUGGAGAGGAUUGGCUUGGGUGCGAUAGCUGCGGCCAGUUUUUCCAUGCAAGUUGUCUGGAUGUGCCUUUCGCGGAGACGCUUACGCAACAUUUCACCUGCCCUUAGGGUGGCUUCUUGUCAGCACAAGUAG